AUGCCCCUUGCCCUCCCAGGGGCGCAGUGGCGAUGGCUCGUCGGGCUGCUGGGCGCCCUGCCCUCCGCCCUGGCCGACCUGCCGGUGCACUGCGUGCGCCACCAGGUGGUGGGUGAGUGGCGUUUUAAGCUGGGGCCCCUCGAGCCCACUCGCUCCUCGUGCGGCCACCUCAGGCCAGACACGGAGGAAGGGCAGCCGUCACGGGGAAUUGUAGAUGGCUCUGCGGGGGGUGACCAGCUGAUGGUCACUCUGCGUGAUCCCAACGUGGCUCUCACCGCCCGAGACUCGCGUGGCAGUUGGACAAUGAUCUACGACGAGGGUUUUGAGGUGAAUGUCGCAGGCAUGAAUUUCUUUGCAUUCUCCAACUUCACGUUCGAGGUUAACGCGACACAUCCGACCGUGAAGCACAACAGCUCACACUGCGGGGACACCAUGGUAGGUUGGUACCAGAACGCCGACCGGACGCGUUUCGGAUGCUACUACGGCAGCAAGGUUUUGGACGAGACCACGCACCACGAGCUGUCGGCAGUCCAGCCUCGUGCCAGCCAGGCCGUGGCGCCAAAGAAGCGGCCGCCGGUAAACUUCGACAACCCUUUGAGCGAGCAGGGUCAGAAGGCAGCGGUCUCCAAGCUCAACAACAAGAUCGCCAUGCUGCAGCUGGGCUGGAAGGCCCGCACCAUGCCGCGCUGGAACGGCCGGACCAUGAGAGAGAUCAAUUCGUAUGCGGGUCUACGCCGCCCUCAGGGCGCCCGCGAGAUGCGCCGGCAGAUGCUGGAGCAGCACGCCCCGAGGCGCGCACGCAGCUUCCUGCAGCGCCGCGCCGGCGAGAGCUUCCCCACGGUGUGGGACUGGUCUGCCGCCUUCGGGAAGGACUACCUCGAGCCGGUCAUGGACCAGGCCGAUUGCGGGAGCUGCUAUGCGGCCUCCAGCAUGCGCAUGCUGACCUCGCGGCACAAGAUCCGGCAGAACGACACCGAGGCCCUGCCGUGGUCCAUCAAUUUCCCGCUGUUCUGCUCGGAGUACAACCAGGGCUGCAAGGGCGGCUACGGGAUCCUCACGUCGAAGUGGUCGCGCGACGUUGGUCUGCUGCCCGCCAACUGCAUGCGCUACAACACAGCGGGCUCCUGCAAGCUGGAGUGUGAUUUGUCUUCGCUGAAGGGGAAGCGGUUCCGCGCUGCCAACCAUCGCUACAUCGGCUCCUGGUACGGUAACGCGAGCCUCGACGAGAUGAAGUCAGAGUUGUUUCACAACGGCCCUUUUGUCGUUGGCAUCGAGCCUGCGGAAGACUUUAUGUUCUACUCCGAGGGCAUAUACAAAUCUGCAGCCUCUGCGAAAGCACCGAGUGCAGGCCAAGAGUGGGAGCAAGUGGACCACGCCGUUCUGGUAGUGGGCUGGGGCGUGGAGAACGGUCAGAAGUACUGGAGGGUUCAGAAUAGUUGGGGACCAGAUUGGGGCGAGGACGGCUUCUUCCGCAUCGCAAUGGGCACGAACGAGGCAGGGAUUGAGUCCAUCCCCGAGGUUGCCGAGGUCAUCGAGGACGAGCAGUCCGGUGCCCAGGUCGAGGCAUUCUUCGCCCAAGUCUCUGCCGCCAUUGCUAAGCCAAAAGCAGCCGCCAGGUGA